GUGACUAUUAUCACUUCUGCCAACACACAAGAUGAGACUUUACCACUGUGGAGCGGUUUUUUGCAAAAAGAUGAGGGGGAAACUCAGUAAGAUGUCGUAGAAGCGAAAUAGUAGAGAUCACAAACGUAGAUUGCUCGCGGCUAAAUUUGAAUUGAGACGAAAGCUUUAUAAAGCCUUUUGUAAAGAUCCCGAUCUUCCUAGUGAUAUGCGGGACAAACAUUGUUAUAAGUUGUCCAAGUUGCCAAGAAAUAGUUCCUUUGCACGAGUCAGAAACCGAUGUAUUUCCACGGUCGCCCUCGUUCUGUAUCUGAGUUCUUUCGAAUUUCUCGUAUCGUUUUUUCGUGGAUUAGCAUCUCGAGGUUCUUUGAUGGGCAUAAAGAAAUCGUUUUGGUAGCAACCACCAAACCAAUAGAACAAAGAAAGGUUAGCUCCGCAGCUGGUCCACAAGCAAGGUAAGUAAGCCCAUUACCAGCCGGCUCCGGACCGAAAAGUAACGUAUUGAACCCUUAUCUUGGAUCGGAGAUGCGAACGGGGCGGGAAUCGAAGUGGGGGACCUCUCUACCGCUUGUGUCUAUUUCCUGUCAAGUAUGCUCCCCAUACAUAGACUACGUACAGGUAGUACUCUUGGAAAGAAAGAUAUAAUGCGUGAACAUAACAUUAAGUUACGAAUGUAACUCCCGACCACUCUUCUAAAUAUACUAAGGCGGAGAACUCUUGUUCAUUGGAGCGCCGUAGUGCGGAGGUUCUUCCCAUCAUGGAAGUCCGAGUUGGGACUGAGCCUUCCGAAUGAUAAUGCUUUGUUUCGUUGGAAAAACCAACGCAAAUCUCAUAUUGACUUUCUAUCGCCCUACUUCUAAGGAUAGAUAGAGAGAGUUACUUUAUGAAAUUAUCUCCCUUCUAAAGCAGCGCAAGUCGGCCCCCCCAGAACAAAGCCCCUACUCCCGAGAGGUAUAAAUGACUCGACUAAAAGGAGAGGUAUUUAUUACUCGAGCACUUGUUGCGAGAGGUCCAACGUAAUUUAUUACUCUUAUAAAAGAGGGAACUCGACUGAAAGGAGAGGUUGUUUACAUACUCGACUAAAAGGAGAGGUCCAAAUGGACUUCCGUGAAUUACAGUGAUCCAGUCUCACGGAUAUGGAGCUUCGCCGGAGAUGGCAGGGCAAAACCUGAUGGACCUUUUUUUUUCUCAAGAGGUGAUUUCGAGAAUCAACCAACCGACGAGACUAAUUCGAGGAUGUGUUAAAAGAGAGUCUAACCGCCAAGGCAAGUCCCAUGGAUAAGCCCAGCCUCCCUCUCGUUUCACUCUCGUUUCACUCUCGUUCCUCUCCUUACAGUCGAGCUCCUUUGUUCCUUCGGAUCUCUCGCCCAAAUGAAAUGGGAUGAAUCCAAUCAAUAAGCUUAUUGAUUGAUUCAGAGCGCAGCGAAGCCAAAUUCAAUCAAGGCAAAGGGGGGCUUACUUUUCCUGACGCUGAGUCAUCCUAUUCAAAUUUAGCUAUGCUAAUGUAACAGGAAAAGUUUUCACAGAUGAUAUGGAUCCCAAGAGAUGAGCGAGAACCUCCAAUUGCUUAAGGAUCGCACUCCGCUAUCCCGCUUGGUGGACGAGAUCUUCUCUCGGGUCAUCCAUCCUGGGUUACUGAAGGGUUGUCCGACUGCUCGGUGACCGAAUCAGAGAAGUUUUGACCGCUUUCUCUUCUCUCCAGCACUCUCGGACUGAUCAUCCAAUCCAUCUUGCUGCGACAAAGCAAGCUUAGGAAUGAAUCUCAGAAAUUUAGGUCUCUGCCCGCUUGAAAGAUUCUUCUUUCCUCUUCGGUGAAAGAGGGCAAAAGUGUGUAGGAGAAAGAAUUCUAAAAACGUCGACGCUUAAUUCGCCCCCUCCAUCCUUCAAACAAAAGUAAAAGAAAGGCUCAAAUAUCAAUAUAUAUAUAUUUGAGGAUAUUUUAGGGCCCUAGAACGCAAAAAAAGGUGGGUGAACAAGAGUUGUCACGAUAGGAAAGAGAAAUGACUAUAAGGAACCAACGAUUCUCUCUUCUUAAACAACCUAUAUCCUCCACACUUAAUCAGCAUUUAGUAGAUUAUCCAACCCCGAGCAAUCUUAGUUAUUGGUGGGGGUUCGGUUCGUUAGCUGGUAUUUGUUUAGUCAUUCAGAUAGUGACUGGCGUUUUUUUAGCUAUGCAUUACACACCUCAUGUGGAUUUAGCUUUCAACAGCGUAGAACACAUUAUGAGAGAUGUUGAAGGGGGCUGGUUGCUCCGUUAUAUGCAUGCUAAUGGGGCAAGUAUGUUUCUUAUUGUGGUUUACCUUCAUAUUUUUCGUGGUCUAUAUCAUGCGAGUUAUAGCAGUCCUAGGGAAUUUGUUUGGUGUCUUGGAGUUGUAAUCUUCCUAUUAAUGAUUGUGACAGCUUUUAUAGGAUAUGUACUACCUUGGGGUCAGAUGAGCUUUUGGGGAGCUACAGUAAUUACAAGCUUAGCUAGCGCCAUACCUGUAGUAGGAGAUACCAUAGUGACUUGGCUUUGGGGUGGUUUCUCCGUGGACAAUGCCACCUUAAAUCGUUUUUUUAGUCUUCAUCAUUUACUCCCCUUUAUUUUAGUAGGCGCCAGUCUUCUUCAUCUGGCCGCAUUGCAUCAAUAUGGAUCAAAUAAUCCAUUGGGUGUACAUUCUGAGAUGGAUAAAAUAGCUUUUUACCCUUAUUUUUAUGUCAAGGAUCUAGUUGGUUGGGUAGCUUUUGCUAUCUUUUUUUCUAUUUGGAUUUUUUAUGCUCCUAAUGUUUUGGGACAUCCCGACAAUUAUAUACCUGCUAAUCCGAUGUCCACCCCGCCUCAUAUUGUGCCGGAAUGGUAUUUCCUACCGAUCCAUGCCAUUCUUCGUAGUAUACCUGACAAAGCGGGAGGUGUAGCCGCAAUAGCACCAGUUUUUAUAUGUCUCUUGGCUUUACCUUUUUUUAAAAGUAUGUAUGUGCGUAGUUCAAGUUUUCGACCGAUUCACCAAGGAAUGUUUUGGUUGCUUUUGGCGGAUUGCUUACUACUAGGUUGGAUCGGAUGUCAACCUGUGGAGGCACCAUUUGUUACUAUUGGACAAAUUUCUCCUUUGGUUUUCUUCUUGUUCUUUGCCAUAACGCCCAUUCUGGGACGAGUUGGAAGAGGAAUUCCUAAUUCUUACACGGAUGAGACUGAUCACACCUGAUCAGUGAAAAAUUCUGACACCAAUCAUUUACAUAUUACACCAAGAAUUGACAAGCGGAUAAGUUUUCUAGUUUGCUAUGUUGAUAUAGCUUAGAUAGGGAAAAGAUAACUCCACUAUAGAGCAGGGCUGUACUUCAAAAAUCAAAAAGGGUCCCUCUCCCCCCUUUUUUAUUAAAAAAUCAAAAAAGAGGCCCCGCCCCCCAAGGCCUAAGGAAAAAACCUCUGAUAAAGAAAGAAAAAAUAUAGAACUAACCUUUACACUAUAACCAUUAAGUCAAGUUAUUAACAAUCCUAUACUAAGAGGAGAAUUCGGAUCAGCUCGGGCGGGGAAGAGGAGAGGCGAAGAAGAAGACAAUAAGCACUCAGAUUGGACCAACCUUUCAUUUAAGGUUCGUCAUUAUCUUUUCAAUCCUGACUAGAAUCAGGCUUCUCUUGAAAAAAGGUAAGGAGUUAUUCGAUCUAAUAUGGUAUUAAUCCUAGCGCCUAAGUCACCCCCGCAAGGUAGGAAGAAGAUAAAGGAGAAAGUGAACGGAGGAAAAAAAGGCGAUAAGCGAACCGGCGGGCGGUAAAAACCACAAAGAAUUUAUAUAGAAAAAUAGGUACUACCAAUAUGAAAUUAAGAAAGACAUAUAUACCUGAAACAAAAUUCUGUAAUGACUAUGUGACCAUGAAGGGAGUAGUUGAUUCGCGUUCCAAUUCAUUGGCAAAAUCCGGUAUAAAUAUAAUAAUAUAACGGGAUCGUCGUCUUGACAAAGAUGAAUAGAAAGAGUGCUUUUGUUUUUUUAAUGGUAACAAACAAUUCUUAUUGUUUUUUUUUCUUCGAAGGAAGAUCUUUCUUUGAAGAAAAAAGGUUUCCAUUUUUAAUAGAUUGUUUGUGGUUGUACCUUUACUGCAAGAAUAUAAAUGACUCGCUAUUCACUCGAGGUUUCUGGGUCAUAAUGUAGGAGAGAUGGCCGAGUGGUUUAAGGCGUAGCAUUGGAACUGCUAUGUAGGCUUUUGUUUACCGAGGGUUCGAAUCCCUCUCUUUCCGUACCUUUACCUAAUUCACCAACGUUACCGACCGCGCCAUGUAUAAAAUACCAAUCGAGACCUCUAAGAGUCAGACCUUGAUUUUCGAUUAAAGAUAAUCGUUGCUUCGCUAUCCCGAUACCAAAAUGGGAAGAUCUCCCUUCUGGGUUGGUAGAUGAAUUGUUCUGGGUAACAGGCGGUGGACAUCUUCGUUGACAGAUCUGAGUUAUCGACUUGGUCAUAUGCCCUAAAGUUACCCUAAGCCCUCGGGGCUCCAUCCGAACCUGUGACUCAACCUUCUCUUUAGCGGAGGAGAAUAGUUCCGAGUGAGUGUGCUCCCGAACCAAUGAUUUGUAUACUCUUUGCCCCAGGUACCAAUACCCAUGUCUUCCUGCUUCUUUUGAUUCUCUUACUCUUAUGAAAUAAAAGCAAAGCACACCGCUAAACAAAAAGCUGGUAUUACCAACCUUCUCAGAGGUUAGGCGAUUCAUUGAGUCGAUCAGUCAUCUUUUUCCCAAGACAACUUUAUUGUGUGUAGGCGCACAAAGGAAGAUCGUAGAAUCAGGAUUACUCGUCCACUUUCAUCGCCUUUUGUUGAUCCGUGUCAUUCUUGCUGCUUCAUUCAAUUAUUCUUUAUUCCUCCUCUCACUUGGGCGAAACACUAGAAACGGCCAUUAAUUUACGGAUCGGUCAUACAAGGAGCAUACCUACGAAUACUUCGGCGUGUGCUGCAUUCGAGUGGUUAACAGCAUACAUCUAUUCCCAAAUCCCAACGGAGAUAGAUAGUAUCCUUCUGUGCUAUCCCCUAUAUCCUCGUAGUAGGGUUGAGGGCAGCGAAGUCUCCCG